CUCACAAUCUUCACACGCCCGUCUUGAAAUUUUCGUGAUCCUUCAUUUUCUCAUUCUCAUUCCUUCCACUUACUUGCAAUACUGUAGUAACAAGCCUACAUACAAUGGGCGUCAAGAGAUUCCAACGCGUACUGCAAGACGAAGGAUGGCUUCCGGAAGAGACUUCUUGUUGCUCUGUCUCUCUAUGGCGACCCGCCAAUGUCAUGGUGGAUUGUCCCAAAUUUGCCAGUCGCGUGAGCAUGGUCCAGCGUCGUUCCACGCUGCUCAUUGAUGGCGCCGGUUUGGCGUUUCAUUUGUACCGUGUGGCAUAUGCGCGACGCAUGCAACAAGUCUGUGGAUGUGGAUGUGCGUCUGUCAAACACGUACAGCCACAUCAAGUCACACCGCUGCUGCCCAAUUUCUUGCCAUUGACGCUAUUGGAUGAAGUGACGCGCGAAUUUGUCGAGACUUUGCAAAAGAAACAUCACAUGAAACUCAUUGUGUAUUUCGACGGCGAAUUACGACGAGAUGCCAAACGACAUACGGAUGUCCAACGACAUUCGCGACACUCGGAUGAAUGGCUUGCCCUAGAACAGUACUGCAAUUACGGACAAAUGCCGUUGGUCCAGACGACGUGUCAAUGGUUUACCCAGUUUCCCAAACAUCGACUGUUUCUCACACAAAUCAAAUACACACUGCAUGUCUGUCAAGUACAAGUUCAGCACUGUCAGGAAGAAGCCGAUGCGGAAUUGGCGCAUCAAGCACACAAAAUUCCCAAUUCCUAUGUCGUGGGAAAUGACACGGAUUUUUGUUUCUUUCCCAAUCUGCAGUAUAUUCCGCUACAAACACUGCAUGCCGAUGCGUCUGUCGUUACAGCCGCUGUCAUUACACGACAGGCACUGGCGCAGUCACUUCAUUUGCCCGAUCAAGCUGCGUUGGUAGAACUCGCCAUUCUCAUGGGAAAUGAUUACGUUCAUCCCUACAAUUCUUCACAACAGCACCAACAACACAACAAUCAAAGUCAACACAGUAAACACAAUAAGAGAGUGGACAAGUUGGACUUUGAAAGUCCCUGGACCAAAGAUCUACUCCAUCAUUUACGGGCACAAGGAAAAGGAUAUCGAGUCAAGGCAUUGUCGGGACAAGAAACCGAACAAGCCAUGGCGUUUGCCAGGGCAGUUUACAAUCUGCAAGACUUAAAUCAACAGUCUCCUCUCGUCAAUCCUAGAGAUUAUCAUCAUGCCAACAGCAACACUUCUGCCAGCAGCAGUCAAGAUCAUGGCGACGACGAUGAGGACACAAUAUCAGCGCCCUCCAUUCCCGACGAUUUCCCCAGUCAUUUGGCUCUCAUACAACCCAAUGAUUUGUCUUUGGUGGGAGCUGUACUACGUUGUCUUCAGGCAUAUCUCAAUCAACAGACUUCUACUUUCAUUCGACAAGAACACUUGGAAGCCAUGAAAUUGCUGGCACUCUACACCAACAACGAAAACGACAAUACACCCUGGAGACCUCUUUGGGAGGAUAUGCAAGCUUGUUUUGUCAUUGAAUCUUGUAUUGCCUAUGUCUCCAAAAAGUCGGCACAAUCGCCUGUUGUCAGACUCAAUCCACCGGCCAAAGUAUUCGAUGCUUACAAGUGGCAUAGAGCACUUUACAAACGACGAAAUCCAACCACAACCGCUAUCCAAAAUACUCUUCCACCCAUUCCACCCAUUCCACCACAAACUACUACUUCUACCAAAAAACAGCAACAACAACAAACACAAGAACCCGUCGUACUGCCCAUUGACGAACACGAAGCCAAUAUUAUGCAACAAAUUCAACAAAAUCGAGUCACUAUCAUUCAAGGAGAAACGGGAUGUGGAAAGUCAUCACGAGUUCCCAUUAUGAUUUUAAAUGCCUGUCAAGCGCUUGGCGAGAAUUGUCAAUUGUUUAUAUCCCAACCACGACGAUUGGCGGCCAAAUCAUUGGUGGAACGUUUAAGGGCUACGGAAUCGUAUUGGGGACAACGCAUUGCGUUGCGCAUGGGACACGGUGUGAGGGAAUAUGAAACCAGUCAGACACGAGCGUGGUUUGUCACGACGGGAUACCUCGUCAGGUUACUUUCCAAUCAUCCCGAGCGAUUUCGCAAUGUCUCGCAUUUGAUUAUUGAUGAGAUUCACGAACGAUCCGUCGAUACCGAUAUUUUAUGUCUCUUGUGUCGACGACUCAUUGAGACUCAUCCACGCAUUCGACUCGUACUCAUGUCGGCCACAUUGGCGGCGAGUUUGUAUCAAGAGUACUUUGGAAUAUCCGAACCCACCAUUCAAGUCGGUGCCAGACGAUUUCCCAUUGAAGAAGUCUUUGUCGAAGAUAUUCCCAAAAAGAUUCGAUUACCCUCGAAAGAAGUCAAGGCCAUUAAACAAAUUGCCGCCGAGUGCCAAAAAACACAGUGUGUCGCUCCGCCAUCGGCAUCGACCAUGGAGUGUCUGUACACGAUUGCCGCACGGCUUGCCAUUACACUGGGCCAGCCAGGAUCGUCCGUGUUGAUUUUUGUACCGGGCAUGAGAGACAUUGAGAGUAUUUCGGAAAUGAUUGAAAAAAUGUAUGUGCCGGGUGUCACAUACACGUGUAUUCCAGUCCACGGCGAUAUUCCCUUUGAGGAUCAAAUGGCCGUCUUUGAGGAGACGAAUGAAGUCAAAAUCAUUGUGGCGACGAAUGCGGCAGAAUCUUCCAUUACUCUGCCAGACUGUGAUCAUGUCAUCUGCACGGGACUCCAAAAGCAAAUUACGUACAAUGCAUCCAGUCAUCGUCAGAUGCUGUCACCAACAUGGAUCUCCAGAGCGAGUGCUCAGCAGCGAAGUGGUCGGGUGGGAAGGGUUCGUCCAGGCACAGUGUAUCGGCUCUACACGAAAGAGGCGUAUGAAACGUUGAUGAAACAAUUUGAAUCUGGGGAAAUGCUUAGGAUGCCUUUGGAUGCAGUCAUCCUCCAACUCAAGGAGAUCUUGAAUGGCGAAGAGACUACACCUGCCCUUCUGGAAUGCCUCGAACCUCCGGAUCUGUCGACAAUUGAACGGUCGUACCAAAGCCUGUACAAGGCCAACUUUAUUACCCAGCCUCACGACUACGGCGAGAUUACUCAUCUUGGAGCCUUUGUCUCGGCCAUUGGGAUUGACCUUACCCUAGGCGCUUUGAUUGGUCUAGGAAUUCAGUUCGGUGUCGGCCCAGAGGCGAUUGACUUGGCAGCUGUCUUGUCCUUUCCAAAGACGCCAUGGCUCGUUAGCAGCUCGCUCGUGCACAAGCCGAAAACCUUCAAUGCUGGGACUGUAAAGGCCUAUUGUUCGAAGAAUCAGUUUGACUCUUCCAUCUUCUCCGAUGCCAUGGGGGCCAUGAAUCUGAUACACGAGUACUCUCGCCUGCACGGCAGCAAGCUCUCUGCCUUUUGCAACUACCAUGGCAUCCAUAACACCAGGAUCAAACGCCUGAUUUCGACGCGCAAGAAUCUUGUCUCGCGGGUGGCGGACUUUGUCAAAGUAGACGCGAGCCUCUUGAAACUUUGCGAACCGCUUUCGAGGACGCACCACUCGAAAUUGACCCUUCUUCGCUUGAUCCAUGUUUGGGUGUUUCACGACACAAUAAUUGAAUACAAUCCGCUAUCAAUCAAGGCCAAUCCUGACGAUUCAUUGUCUCUGAAGCUCAAGGCGAGCAAAGGUCUUGAGGAAUCUCACCUUUGGACGUUGCUUCGGAGCGACAGGCAUCCGUUUGCCUUGAAGACGCAUGCCGAAGUGGAGCAAACUGGAGGCUUUAGUUGUCCUGAGAAUGAAAGUUUUGACCUUGGGACGUUUCUCGUUGGCUUUGAAGUGAGACUGGUGUCUUUUUCCAUCCAAAGGGGCCUAGACCUUGCUUGGUUCUGGUAUGAAGAAGGACUACAACUAUAUGUUUGCUCAGAUUUCUACGAAUCUGAAGACUUCCAGUUUCUUCGGGAACAAUGGGGCAAUGCUAUGGAAGAAACUGUGCUUUUUUGUGUUGAGACCCCUGCCAGAAGCCGCCGUGGACGCCAAGAGCGCGAUGCUGGUAGAUGGUUCAUAGUGGAUGAGCCUAAGGCACUUGAAGGAGCCGUUGACGCAUCCUCCAAGUUCGUCCAAGUCAAAAAGUUUGCUUUGCGCGGCGCAAGAUCGGGAUACGGAAUCAACAACAGCAUUAAGAUUCACCUUCGGAAAAAUGUCAGCGUUAAAGGGGGGCUCUCGUUUGACUUUUCAAAGAACACGAAAAAGAACAGGCGCAAUGCUGUGUUUCAAAUCUUUUGCUGUGGAACAGAUGCCUUCAGGAUUACGGAUAUUGAACUGUGCGACUUGCUUGCCAUUGCCCGUUUGGAUGGAAACUAUCGAUUGUUGGAUAAGCACGAUGGCGGCUACCAAUACAUUGUUUUCGCGCCCGCCGACGACCCGAAGACGACGGCUUCACCGAGCACUCCAAGCAGUCCUGGACGCAUGAACCAAGCCGAAUCGUGUUCAAGCCUGAAACAACCGCUUCUACGCAAUGCUCCAGAGGGUGCUCGGCUUUUAGCUGUGCUAGCUGCUUCCAGAAGAAGAGAUCCGACAAUUCAUGUUCCCCUUCAAACUGACGAUGCUGAGGAGGAAGAAUGUAUGACGUUUGGCUUGGACAAUGGAUGGGGAAAGAUGCAGGCACGUUGGACAAAGAUUGGGACCGAUCGCUCAGUUUUCGUUUCAGAAAACUCAGUUCCCUCUUCAGUUGUUCCUGUCGGGUCCAUUGGGACGCUGUAUGCAUGCUGUGCCAAUACACUUGACCUGCGCGGUGGAGGCAUGCGUGCAGAACACCUCACGCUCUUGCCGCCAGGUGGGUUCUUCCUCCUCCUAUCUUUGUUGACUUUUGGUAUCGCUCCGGAUGGUUUGGAGUUUCCUGAGGCAGACAAUGAUGAUCUUGACGAUAUCAUCGCGGACUUUGUCGCGUGGGGAAUGCAGAGGGAGGCCAAGCCGGAUGCAGAAGAUGUACCUUCCCCGAUUGAUUGGGAAUCCAGAGUGCGGAUGGCAAUCGAUUUCAGUCGCUCGUGCACCAAUCUAGGAGAACAGCUUAUCUGUUUUCCAGACAAGGUUAGCCAGUUGUGUGCCAUCUUUGAUGGCGUUGAUGGAUACGAAAUGGAAGUCUGGCCCAACUUGAAGUCUGAUCCAUUUAUUCCCAUGACUGAAAGCGAAAGGAAACAAAGAGACAUGGUGUUGGCAGGGCUACAGCAUCCAGUAGAGUCUUACAGCAGGAUGGAAUCUGCAGCAUCUGAAUCGAGCUCCAACGUUGCGAUUGGGCUGGCAGAACACUUGCUAGCAGUCACUUCGAUCUCGCAGAAUCUUCAAAACGAAUCCCAAUCCCAAUUUGAGGAUGCGGAGGACGAGGUGGAGGAGGAAAAGAAGGAAGACAAGGCCCUGCGCGGUGAGGAAGUACUGGAGUUCCUCCCCGAACUAGUCGCAAUUUCUGGGAGCAUGUUUGCUACUGACUUCGGGACAGAUUGCCUACCAGAUAACAACAAGCUUCAUUCAACCAAUAUCAUGGCAAUGUGCGUGAAACAAUAUUUUGCUGGGCUGAUGUACGAUGCCUUUUUGCAGCCAGAAUCCAGCCAUCACGCUGACUUGAUUGCGGCAUCCCAGAGGUUUGGUGAGUUGAAGUUCAGCAGGGAUCAGUGGACUGUGUUUCGUUACUUGGAUCAAGAUGGGAAAGACUGGUAUCAAGCUGUCUUCAUAGCAAGGGCUCUUCCUUUGAAGGGCCGUAGCACCAGGGGAUUGGCAGGCUGGCUCAGGUACUCUCGACCAUGGUUGACGGGCAAGGCAUUGGAAUGUGUUCCGCAACGAUUUCGUGAACAGUUGGAGCAGCACUCACUACAGACAGAAGUAUACCAAAGUGGAAACCGGAAGCUCCGAGCUGUCCUCUUUGACUCCAUCGAGACAGCUGUUCGCGCAGAGGCUGCCUUUUUCUUGGAGUGCAACUUUGGUGGAAGUAAGGAGAGGCAUUGGUACGAUCAAAGCUUCCAUGAACUGGUGCAGCAGCUAUCAAGCCGUGCCAUGACCAGUGGUGAUAUCUUGAAACGCCUGAAGGCCGGGGACGGAAGCCGCUCUGUUCGGCGUACCAGUACAAGAAGCAACAAGAAUUAAAGCUAUUAGCUACGCUAUUCUAUUCAACAUCUGAUCUGCCAAGCA